UCAGGUGACUUCCUGUCAAAGGUAAACAGAGGGACGCGCGCACGAGCGGCGCUGACAGCAGAGAAGAUGUGAGGAGAAGAAAUGCCCGGACAGAGGAGGAGAUACAGCGUGCGCUUCCCCCCGAGUCGUAUCAAGAAGAUCAUGCAGAAAAACACAGAGGUGGGGAGGAUCGCGAUGGCCGUCCCUGUGAUCAUAUCAGCGCGGGCGUUGGAGAUGUUCCUGAAGUCUCUGCUGACCAAAACCUGCCUGAUCAGCCAGUCCAAACACAGCGCCGUCAUAUCCGUCGCCCACAUGAAGCAGUGCAUUGAGUCGGAGAAGCUGUUCCACUUCCUGAAGGAGCUGGCGGAGCGCAGCACGUCCAAGUCGGCCCAGAGGGACGGCCGAGGCCUGAGCAUGUGGCCGUUAUACAGGACGAAGCUGCAGGAGAUGUCUGUGAAAAAGCCGUCUGAAGCGGGAGAAUCGGCCUUGAAAGCGAGAGGCGACUCGCUGGACAACGACGACAGCUCCAGCGAGUCGGAGCUCUUCAUCUGCCUGUGACUCUGUACCGAAAACAGCCGACGACCUCCAGCAGCUCCUCCUUUUGUUGUUUUUAUUUUUGUUUUUUUUAUUUUGUAAAUUUAUUUUUGCAUGAAGUUUCAUUCGUUACUUUAACAAAAUGAUCGCUCACAUGAAAUUGAGCGCAAUUUGGAAAAAAAAAGCAUUUAUUUGUAAGACCUUUAUUAUUGAGGAUGAUGCCAUUCUCGAUGACUGUUGUCGAAUUUGAAGAUUUUUGUUUGUUUUUUGAGAAACGGAUGUGUAGCAUUUUGUACUUAAGCCCUUUGCUUUUUGUUGUUUCUUUUUCAUUUCAGAUUCUGUAUUCAGACUUGGUCAACAGGUUUUGCACUGCAGAGUUUGUGUCGUCAGAUAAACGCUGAAAUGCAUCAAGAACUUAAUGAUAAACACAUUUUUUUGUUUGAUUGUGUUACACAAAAGGAGACAGUUUGUUCAAAGAUUUUUUUUUGGUUUGUAGUUUGCAUGAGACUUUACAUGUCAGAUAAUUAAAUAAUCAAUAAAUAAUAAAUAUUUUGUAUUUUCUUGUACACAUUUUUCAUGUUGAAAUUCUGUAUUUUCUCUAGACCAUUUUAAGGCACUGUGCAUUUUUUUUUUUUUUUUUUUUACAUUUUGACUUCAGGCCAGUACGCACUUGUGAAUUUGCAUUUUUUAACCAAACCAAGCGAUGUACAUGAAAUGCUGCAGAUUUUCAAGAUGCUGUCAAUAAAUCAGACAAGCUCCUUUGACCUCGUGUGGC